AUGCGAGUAGUACCAGAGGAAAGCAAAGCUACUUCUAUCAGCAGCACUAGUUUUGGCGAGCCCGCAAGCCAUGCCCCAGGGUUACAAGAUAUUUUGAAGUCUCAGGAAGGACCCUUGAACUUGGCUUCAAAGAUCAAUGGCCGUCAUCCAUUAGAGUCUAGAAUUGAAAACUGGGAAAAGACACAACAUGAAACGAAGUUGGACUCUUACAGAAGGAUAUUUGGUGCUGGCGAGCCAAUAAAGAGGACUAUGGAGUUGGAAAUUGUUGAUGCCACUGAUUUCAAGCCAUCUGUGCUUGGUGGUCCUGACUCGAUGCAUAAAGAUAUUCUUCUCAACAAAGAUACCUCAAUCGAUUGGGAAGAUAUAUACAAGGGAGGGUUCGAAUCCCAUAAUAACGUCAAGGAUUUCCAUACUGAAAUGGAAAAGCAACUAGGGAUCUGA